AUGAUCUCUAAUCAUGAUGAAAAACUAAAAACUGAAUACAUCGUGGCUAACAGAUACAGACUAAUCCAAAAAGUAGGCAGUGGAUCUUUCGGAAAAAUAUAUUCCGCCUAUGACAUUACCACCGGAGAAAAAGUAGCCAUAAAAAUGGAGAAAUCUCAAUCCAAACAUCUCCAGUUGUGUUUUGAGAGCAAAGUAUACCGAAUCCUCCAGUCCUACGCAGGAAUUCCUGCCAUGAAGGACUAUAUCGAGGAGAAUGACUACAAUAGUCUUGUUAUUGAGCUCCUGGGUCCCUCACUGGAAAAACUAUUCGACAAAUGCAAACGAAAAUUCAACCUCAAGACUGUCCUUAUGCUGGCUUUGCAAAUCAUAGACAGACUGGAACUUCUCCAUUCACGUUGUUUUAUCCACAGAGAUGUGAAACCUGACAAUUUUCUGAUCGGGACCGGUCGGUUGUGUCACAGAUUGUACCUCAUUGACUUUGGAUUGGCUAAAAAAUACAAAAGUUCGACGACAGGAGUCCAUAUUCCUUACAGAGAUGAUAAAAGUCUGACGGGAACUGCGAGAUAUGCCAGUUCUAAUACUCAUAUGGGUAUUGAGCAGAGCAGAAGGGAUGAUAUGGAGUCCCUGGGAUACAUGUUGCUAUAUUUCCUGAGAGGGAACCUUCCAUGGCAGGGUUUACAGGCUUCAAAUAAGAAGGAAAAGUACAGGAAAAUUGGGGAAAUGAAGGUUUCUACGAGCAUUGAGAGUCUUUGUCGUGGAUUUCCUAACGAGUUUGUGUUGUAUUUCAAGUAUUGUCGGAGUUUGGAUUUUGAGAAGAAACCUGAUUAUAAUUAUCUUCGAAAAAUUUUUAAAUUGCUGUUUAAAAAGAUGGGGUACGUUGAUGACGAUUUGUAUCUGUGGUUUUUUGUUCCUGAUGAAGAAUGA